CAACGCCAAAUUUAGCGCCAUGGAAGCAUCGGCCGAGGACAAGCAUCCAGCUGGCGACUACCGCGAGCUGCUCACGUCCAAGGCGUCACGACGACCGCUGAGCAAGCGCGAUGCGCGCCGCAGCUUUAUCGAGCUCACGCGGCAAGCCUCCAUGGGCCGCACGUCAGCACCGACGUCGGGCAGCGGCUGGGUCUCGAUCGACGCGCUUCUGCACGAGAAGAGCACCGACAACGACGACGAUGACGACGAUCAUAGCACCAUCGCACGCUCCCAUGGGCGAUUAUCGCUCGCGAUGCGUGCACAAAGCAAUGUUCGCAUUGGCAGCUUGGACUUGUACGCUGCGUUUGCUGUCUUUGGCUAUUACCUGUUGACGUUCGAGACGCUCGUGGUCUUCUUCAACACGGUGCUGGCCACGUCCGUGUACUAUUAUGUCGAUACGCACACAGACGCUGUCUUCAACUACAACCUCUCGUGGACGCUCGUGACAUUUGCUAUCGUUUCGCCCAUCAUCAUGCAGACGCAGCAGGCGUACAACCGCCGCGAGAAUGCGCUCUUGCUCGUGGCUGAAACCAAGGCUCUCAUGCUCAACGUGUAUGUGGCCCAUCGUCAGUGGAUUGUACCGGCCAAGCAAGCGUGCGUCCCAACGGCGCUCCUCACUCGCACGCGGCUACUCAUUCGCGGCAUCAUGUACGACCUCUGCGAGCUCGUGAGUUUGCCCAACGUCACGCGCGGUCGUCACCGGUUCACGUCCGCGGGCGUCCGCGAGUCCCAGGCGCAACAGGCGCAGCAGCAGACACUGCGGUCACGCCUCGCCGUCGGCUUGGAGCAGCUCCACGGCCAAGUGCGCGAUCUGAAAGGCCACGGGCUCUCGGAAGGCGAGGCCUCGCGUCUGUACCAGUACCUCUGGAUGAUCCACUCGCGCGUGCUGAGCUUGAUCAACAUCAAAAUGUACCGGACGCCCCAAGCGACGCGGUCGUUCACAAAGGUGCUCGUGCACGUUCUGCCGUUCUUCUACGGUCCGUACUAUGUCAACGUGGCGUCGGGCGACGGGGCCACGAACCGUACAAACUUUGCGUUCGCGCUCGCGUUUGCCAUCCUUACAAGCCUCAUGAUGAUUGGCAUUCUCAACGCCCAAGAAGCGCUUGAAGACCCGUUCAGCGGGGAUGGCCUCGACGUCGUGCACAUGGAAAUCGUGUUUGAUCGGCUCGAAGAAGACAUGGCAGCCAUGUACGACGGCGCCACGUAAUCAGCUCUGGUCGUUGCGUGUUCCUGUAUUUACAUCAAAGCUCAAGUAUAUCUGACUGA